AUGGAGCGAGUGACUAAAGAACCGCCGAACAACCUUUGGCGGUGGAGUGCUAAAGAGACCAUCAGUCUGAGCAACAGUUUUUCCUUCUGCUACAGUAUCCGAUUGAGUAGAUCUAGGGUUUUGACCCAUACUCUUGUAGUAAGAGUUAAGUAUUGCUUGUGUCUGGAGAUUUACUACCACAGGAGUAGAUUUGUGGUGAGUUGGGAGAGCCAGAAUGGUUCUCUCCAUAUCGAAGUAAUCAGAUUGAGUAGAAGUUGGGGAACUUGUGGGUGGAGAAAUUGGGGAGAGGAGAGGAAAUUCAGAGAGGGAAGGAAGGGGAAAAAGGUCAGGAGGGUCAGGGGGAAGGGGGGAGGACGGUUGGAUCUACCCUCAACCAAUGUUGAGGGAGGAAUCGGGCUGGAAAGACGAUCCACGGGGAACCAGCAGUUCACCAUCCGUACAGCGUAUAGCUUGACUCUUCUAUCACUUUUUAACAAAGCUCGACAGCUUUCGAUUUUCUAUGAAUCUUCCGUCGCUGUUGUCGUCGUUUCCGCCUCCAGAAAACUCUACAACUCUUCCUCCGAUGACGACAUGUCCAAGAUCAUCGAGCGCUAUGACAUGCAACAUGCUGAUGAACUUAAAGCCUUAGACCUUGCGGAAAAAACUCGGAAUUCUCUUCCACACAAGGAGUUGCUAGAAAUAGUCCAAAGCAAGCUUGAAGAACCAAAUGUGGAUAAUAUAAGUGUAGAUUUUCUAAUUUCUCUGGAGGAACAGCUCGAGACUGCUCUGUCCAUAAGAGCUCGGAAGACAGAACUGAUGAUAGCCUCUGUGAAGUCCCUUCAAGAAAAGGAGAUGUUACUGAGAGAAGAGAACCACGUUCUGGCUAGCCAGGUAAACAGAAUCUCUUAUGCUUUCUAUAUGCUAAUUAAUAACUUUAUACACCUUCACUAUAGAGAGAUACACAUACCUUACAUAAAAAAAAACAUAUUAACGUUGAAGGACUUUGAUGGAUGCGACAAAUUUAGUGGAACCCUAAUAUCUUAUGUAUGUGAAAAAAAAAAGAUUUUAAAAUUCAUGUUAAUAUUUAGUAGGAGCUGUAGAGGAAGAAUUAUUGGAGAAUUUCUGACGAGAUUUUUCUUUUCUUUUUUUUAUUUUCUGUUUUUAACAAUAUAGAUUAGUUUUUUUUUCGCCCAAAAGAAAAAGGAUUAUAUAUGUGAAAAUUUCACUAGAAAUGUUUAUAGAAAAAAGAAAUGUAAGAAAGUUUCUUACAGAUGGGGAAGAACACGUUUAUGGAAACAGAGGAUGAUCCAGGAAUGUCAUCGGAAAAUAGCUCCGGCAACCAAACACCGGAGACUCUCCCGCUGCUCAAGUAAUAACCACCAUCGUCAACGGCAGAGUGUUCACUUCAAAUUUAAAGCCUGAUUCAGAUUUUUAAAAACAAAUUUGUAAAUUAUUAAAAAGCUGCAUAAUCUCAAACCUUUUUAUCUUCCUCUAAUGUGGAAAUUAAGGUAGAACAAAAAAAACCACGAAGCUCUUUCUCAAUAAACAAGAAUUGUAAAACUAAAAUAAAGUGUAUCGAUC